AUGAGGAGGAAUAUAAUAGACGUCUUUGUCAAGCUCUAUUUAACAGAUAUGAGGGAUCUUCUAAAUCAUUCCUUAUUUGGUAACUUUCUUUCUCUCGUGUUUUGGUUUUCCUUGUAUUUCGUACCGUAUGCAGCAUUUAUUGACGACGACGAUCCUGAAAUUUUGGCAUACCUAACAAUUAUUCCUUCCUCAAUUCUUGGUUUAUGUUCUUUGUCUUUAGUAUUCCGCUACUUUACACCCAUUGUUCUCGAGUUUGAAGUAGACUCAAUUCCCAUGGAAGAUAUGUCAAGGAAAGGUGAUAUGAAACUCGAAGUUUCUAUCAAUGUAUGA